UUAAAGCGUCAAUUUCAACACACACAUGAUAGUCAAUUCGAACAGGAAACAGUUUUCUUGACAAACAUUUCUUUUGGAAAAUACUGGUUACUGUUUCGUUACUUUGACAUCCAUAAGGUACAGGCUUCAUUCCGAAAGGAAGUUGUAGGUGAUUGCAGCUUUUUGUGACUCAUCGGUUCGAGAAAAAUGGUGAAAACGAACGGGAAAGGACCGCAAGAAAAGAACAUUCAAGUGUUCGUGCGGUGCAGGCCUAUCAAUGACAGUGAACGGAAAAGAGGUUCCCAUAAGGUUGUGGAGGUCAGCCAGAAUAAGAAGGAUGUGCAGGUCAACAUUGAAGUUGCUGAGAAGGCAGCCACAAAGACGUUCUCAUUUGAUAAGGCAUUUGGACCCAAAGCCAAACAGAUCGAGGUUUACAAGAGUGUGGUCCUUCCUAUUUUGGAUGAAGUGCUCAUGGGUUACAACUGUACAGUGUUUGCCUACGGACAAACAGGAACUGGUAAGACCUUUACAAUGGAAGGAGAGAGGACACCAGACCCAGCCAUGUCAUGGGAAGAGGACCCACUUGCUGGAAUCAUACCUCGUGCCAUGCAUCAGAUCUUUGAGAAGCUUCAGACGGCAGAGGUGGAGUUUUCUGUCCGUGUUUCCUUCAUGGAGUUGUACAAUGAGGAGCUGUUUGAUCUUUUGACUGGUCCAGAGGACACGCAGAGACUGAGAAUAUUUGAAGAUGCUGCACGUAAAGGAUCAGUGGUGAUUCAGGGUCUCGAGGAGAUUGUCGUCCAUAACAAGAGUGAGGUGUAUGCCAUCCUAGAGAAGGGUGCUGCCAAGAGGCAAACUGCCGCAACCCUCAUGAAUGCUCACUCCAGUCGUUCACACUCUGUCUUCACUGUCACCAUCCACAUCAAGGAGAACUCAGUGGAUGGUGAGGAACUCCUUAAAACGGGCAAGUUGAAUCUAGUGGAUCUGGCUGGCAGUGAGAAUAUUGGCCGUUCUGGUGCUGUCGACAAGAGGGCUAGAGAAGCAGGGAAUAUCAACCAGAGUUUGUUGACCCUUGGCCGAGUCAUCACAGCUCUAGUGGAGCAUGCACCCCAUGUUCCCUACAGAGAGAGUAAGUUGACGCGUCUUCUCCAGGACUCACUAGGAGGUCGCACCAAGACUUCCAUCAUUGCUACCAUCUCUCCCUCCAUCUGCAAUGUGGAGGAAACACUUAGUACCUUGGACUAUGCUCACCGAGCCAAGAACAUCACCAACAGACCUGAAAUCAAUCAGAAACUCACCAAGAGAGCUCUCAUUAAGGAGUACACAGAAGAAAUUGAACGUCUUCGUCGUGAUCUGUUUGCCACCCGUGAGAAAAAUGGGAUAUACCUGUCAGAAGAAAAUUACAGAUCAAUGGAGCAAUCCAUCAGUAGCCAGGCUCUCAGCAUCCAGGAAAAAGAAGAGAAAAUUUCUGCUUUGCUGGAUGAAAUUGCGAAGAUCAAUGAUAUUCUUAGUGACACCAAAGAGGAACUGGAAGAGACAAGCAGCCAGCUUCAGAUGACAACAAAGACAUUGGUAAAGACAACCCAUACACUACAGAAGACUGAAACGGACCUGCGAGUGACAACCACAGAUCGUGACCAACAGAAGUUCCUGCUUGGAGAACACGUUAAGACAGAAGAGAAACUGUCUACGGAGGCCAAGAAGCUUUUAACGGUAGCUGAGAGCAGCACGGCAGAUCUGGAAGGUGUCCAUGCCAAGUUGGAUCGUAAGCGUGCUGUGGAAUCCCACAAUGCAACAGCACAGGAGGUGUUUGAGGCCAACUUGGCCGACAAACUCCAAGCUGUGCAGGACUCCAUGGCUGAGUUUGGAGAUGUCCAGCAACAGCGCUGCUCUAUCCUACAAGACAACUUCAAGAAUUUGGCAUCCGUUCGUUCAACGGAAGUUCAGAGUAUGUGCAGUCAAGUUGCUGGAAUGAUUGAUAGCCUGGAGAGCCAAGUGGUUGGCAUGGAAACUGAUAGUCAGCAAACAUGUUGCAGCUGGCAUGAGUGGGGUGAGCAGAGCAAAGACCAGAUGACAACAUUCAAGAAUGCACACAGCAGUCAAGUUGUACAUUUCCUUGAGAAGACUCACCUACCCCUGCUCAGGAAACACCAAGAUAUGUUGAAGGAACACAAUCAACGGUUGACAGAAUGGAAUGAGCAGGUGCAACAACAGAUUGAAUCUCAAAUGACAGCUGUAGAGACAUUCCUACAGAGCUACUGUAGCCAGCUGGAUUCGUUAUCAUCACUGAUGGGUGACUACAUCACUCAGCAAAGAAAGAUCAACCAAGGUCACCAACAGAAAGCAGCAAACAUGUUGGCUGCACAGAAGGAAGCAGGACAGAAACUGAAGGCAGAGGCAAUGGCCAAGAUGUCUGAAAUCCUUCAACAUAUGCUGGAUCGGCAACAUGAACAGAACUCAGCCAAUGUAGAUGAGAUGACGGAGAGCUACGGAUGUCUUGUUGAGAAUGCUGACACAGCUGAAAAUAAACUCAAGGGAUGUUUGACAGACCUUCGUGAAACAUCUGAAAUGUUUGCAGCUCAGUAUGUGCAAAGCUCUGAGUCCUUGGCGGCAUCGACCAAUGAACACGCCAAAAAGGGCCAUGGAUACAUCAAUGAAGCAGAAGAGAGCCGUAGCCAGAUUGAAUCCUCCAUUAAGGAUUACUUGAUGGAAGAUGUAUCACAGCAAGCCACACAUUCAGAGCACAUGACUAUGGCUGUCAGCUCACACAUUCAGGGACUGGAUGAACACAUAGCAAGCUCCAAGCAGAAAACAACGGCGAUAGUGUCAGCUAUCAAACAAAGUUCUGACGAAUACCAAGAGAACCUGACCAAUCAACAUAGGACGCUGAGCGACACCUUGGAUCAGUGGGGACAGCAGACCAUCAUGCAGUCCACUGAUGUCAAUGACAGGAUAUGUGACCUCAGGAUAAAGGUGACAGAGGUUGAGGGAUUGACGAUGACCUUUUUGAAAGAAGAGCUCAAACAUGACAUCCCGACGGGUGUUACUCCCAAAAAUCGUCGCUUCAGUUACCCUCGUCAACUAACCCGUACUGACCCCCAUCACCUCUUACUGAAGAGCUUUGGUCUGGAUCAGACCAUCAUUGAAGCAAGUAAUGUGCCUCUACCAGAUACUUUCAUUGAAGAGCCUGAAGUUGAGGACUCCAAGAGUGACACAGUGGAGACAAUGUCAGUGAAUGAGGAUAACUCGUCUGAUGCUGGCUCUGAUGUGUCUAUGGGAUCACUCAUUGAAGAAAGUAAAGAGAACUUCCAGAAACCAUCCAAGAAGAGGGCACCAACCGGCAAGGUGGUGAAGAAGACACCUCGUGACAACAGUGCGCACCGUACACCGCAAUCUCGCUUACCGCUCAGAGUCACCAACACGCCCAAUAACUGACCUCAUUACUGAUGCAAUCACAAGAACUGAAUGUCAAGAACUGUUUGCAGCAUGGCAUGAGGUGAUUGGAUGUGUGAUCAGGAACGAUACGGUUCAUUGCAAGUAAUCAGACGAAAUGUUGCAUGAAACUGUAUGACUUGGCAAAUUGUGAGCAUUUUCCCUGAAAAAGGCAGAUGGAUAACAAUCUUAGAUGAUUUUUGUACUUUUCAAAAGUUGACGGGAUCUAUCUGAUAGAAUGUAUUAUACAACUGUAAAGUAAUAACUUGAUUCGUUGGAUUUAACUUGUAGGUUUAUUUGUAGUUCACCUUUAAUAUUUACUCCGUGGGAAAAGCCUAGUACUUGAUACGCCAUAAGUAAGGUCUUUGGGAAAUUGUUUGCCAGGAAUAUUUUUUAUUUUCAUUUCUAUGAAAAGAUAAUGAUAUUGAUUCUGUCUCCGCACCAAUUGCAAUUUCAUUCACAAUGAAAUUUGAUAUUAGCAAGUGCUUGAGUAAUGCUUUUUCUUAAUCUUUAUCAUGUCUCUAGUUGCCAGUGUCUUUACAGAGCUCAUUUUGAACUAAUUGUUGCAGGUGGAUUGAAACUGAGUACAAUGUACUUUUGUUAAAAACAUCUUGAACUAGAAGCUCCCUUUCAGUAGACCAACUCUUUACUUGCAUUGUAAUUCAACUGUUUAAAACAUCAGUUCUACCGAGUGUAUAAAAUUAUAACCAACAUCUUCAAAAUUGUUUGUAACCACUGUAUACAUGUAUAAUUAGACUUCUCCUCCAACCAGCUGAUUCUCACAGCCACUUCUUACGCAUGCUACUGGAAAUUGAAAGAUCUUGUGCAAAAUUUGGUGUAGCUUUAAGUUUCCUGAAUUCUAACAUACAUUGUCAUGUUAACACUGAAUUCUGUGUACACGGCAUAAGCACCCAAGGUAAUGUACAUUUGUUGUGUUCAUUUCACCCAUUUCUUAAACAAUGUACAUUUAUAGAUUGUGAGCUAGCUAAUAUGCUUUAUAAACCAGGACACGUCUUACUUUCCAUAUCCUUUGUCCCCGACGCCAUUUCUUGAUUUGAGGUACCGGUCACUUUAAGUAAAUAAUCAGGUGAGAACACAACAUUAAAGAUCAAACAAAAGA